ACUUCCGCGACCUACCGGCUCUUCAACCCCCCCGACAUUCCUGUCCUCCCACCGCGACACAGACAACAGCCCUACAAUUAAUUUAACCUGUGCUCACUAGGUUGACGUCUAUCCCUCUUUCACUGUUUGACCUGAGCCCGCUUCGAUCCUCGCCCGACCGGACACCUGCCAAUUGUCUCUUUAUAGACCCCAUCAGCCCGCCUGCUCCAAUAGGAAUUGUACCCAAGUUCGCACGAUACGGCCUGAGCGAAAGCUCUCGACGCGGGAUCAGGCCGUCUCGUCUCGUCCUCGAUCAGCCCGCCCAGGCGACUACGGUCUGCAACUGUAACGCCGUUGCGCACCCUCAACUACCGUCAUGUCUCGGGUUCUUGCCAGCUGCUGACUCUGGCUCCCCGCCAGCCCACCUGGCUUCUGUAUGGGCCGACUUAUAUAGCAUUCUGAUUUCCACGCAACGCGAACGAACAACCUCUGACAUCCGACCUCCGACCUCCGACCACGCGUCCGCAACGCCCGCCGCCUCCCUGACACCUUGUCUGCGGGGAGGAUAUCAUUUGUCCGAUGCUGCCAGGGCGCAAUUGAGUGUCGUAUCUGUCUCUUUCAACCAUGGAUCUGGAUCUGAACAAGUUGGCGCCUCCCGCCGUCAGCUCUCUCCGAGCCCAGGCUAUUGGGACAGCCAUGAUGGAGAGAUCACUGAGUGAAGAUAUUAGGGAAGAGCGAAAAGAGCUUCGUGAGGCCGCCGAGCAAACCCUCAACAUCAUUGUCGAUAUCAACCUCGAUGCCUCGAUUAAAUGGGUUAGCCCGUCGUGGGUUGACGUGAUCGGCACACAGCCGAGCACCGUCGAGAAAACCUCUAUUGCAGACCUCAUCGUGAGCGAAAAUAAAACUGCAUUCUCUGAUGCUAUUGACUCGAUGAGGAAGGAUGAUACACGCAGCCAAUACAUCCGCUUCACAGUCCGUCUUGGGCCCAUGUCCAAACUGUACACGGCUGAAGCUGUGAAAGAGUCCGAGUCUGAGGAUUCUGAACCGGUAUCGAUCGAAUUGGAGGCACAAGGCAUCAUGGUCUACGAUCGUGCCACAGGUGCCGAAAGUCACACUAUGUGGAUGAUUCGUCCGUGGAUUCCACCUCGUGAGAUCAAGAUUGACCUCCCUCCACUCAUUGUCGAGUCUCUUGGGUCAGGAGCAGAAAUUCUUGCGAGUUACUUAACACAACUGGCCGAGUCGGGCCAAGGUGACCCUGACAGCCAGCCGCCGGCGCCGAGACCGGUUCUUUGUAGGAUAUGUGAGCGUCAAAUUCCUUCCUGGUGGUUUGAAAAACACACAGAACUCUGCUUGCAAGAGCACCGAGCCGAGAUGGACGUUCAAAUGGCACAGGAGAGCCUAACAGAGCACCGGCAUGCUAUUGUUAAAGUACUUGAUGCACUCGAAGCUCGCAAAAGCCGCCAGUUAUCGGAUCUUUCUUCACUACCUAUAGCCGAAUACAAAGGCCUACCAAUUGGCCCGAGCUCAACCACAUCAUCUCCUGGUACAGCGUCUCCUACGCCAUCAUCCAGAGAUAGAUCGACUGGGUUUGGGCAUUCUCGGUCUCGGUCAUUUGCUGUUCGGCGGCCACAAGCUCGGAUCGUUGAACUGCUCCUCGACCUCUGUGAUACUUCUAUGGAGAUCAGUACCCCUGCAAUCAAAGAAUCUGCUUCGCAAGGCUCAGGCGAACUGCGUACACAGUCUCCUCAGUCAGAGUCUCGAAUAUCGCAAGUACUACAAUGGCAAUCGCCUGGAUCUAAUACGGUCGAACAAGAGCAGGGUUUGGCUCUUCUAUGUGCUGACACGGAGAGAGUAGCAAAAGACAAGGUGGAAGCUGUCUUCCGUCAUCGCAGAAUCAUCGAAUACUCUGAACGUAUACGUAUCGAAUUUGCUGUGCUUGUGCAGGACUGUAUUGAUGAAGCGAUAGACAAGGCUUCUCGCAUAGCGGCCGGUUUCAGCGAUUCGACCGAGGACGAAGCAAUCGAAGAGAGCGAACUGGAAGAAGAAACUGGCACUGAAACGAUAGUAGAAGAAAGCGUACCAGAUGAACCUUGUGAAACAGCGUCUUCGUUGACACUGGCUCUAAAAAGUAUGGAACUGGGUGAAAAAGGGAGGAACCUCUCGACUGCUGUUGAAUCGACUAGAUCGAGUAGCCCUAGAGAAUGUCUCACACCUAAGUCGCAUCGAGAUGCUUUAGGUGUUCUGGGUCAUCCUCGAGAGUCCCGUCGAGGUUCAAUGCUAGUGGAAAGUGACGCUGGAGAGAGUGACGGUAGUGGCAGGUCUGCUUCUGUAGCUUCAAGGCCUGCCCCUCGCACUGAAUCCCCUAUCUCCGAGUUUGGUGGUAUACGGCGCGGCACGGGUUCUCGACAACAAAAUAGGCGCAGUCUAAUUCUCCCAAAUGCCUCCUCGCCACACCGACAAGAAUCACCUUCCAGAGGGACUCAGCCUUCUUCUCCCUUAAGGAUAUCGAAACCGCGUAACCUUCAGCUCAACCACGAGGGUGUUGCUUCUCCGGAGGCUUCUCCUAUGCUCUCGCAUAGUGAGUUCAGUUCUCCUGCAAUUGUCCCCCACCAUCGUCGACAAUCAUCUACCGUUUUCCCAGACUUUCACGCUCGACCAACCUCACCUCGAUUAAGCGCUUCUAACCCUCCACCUUUAGCACGAGCAGUCCCCCCGUCAAUCAAAGACUUUGAAGUGAUCAAACCCAUAAGUAAGGGAGCGUUUGGGAGCGUCUAUCUAUCUAAGAAGAAAUCCACCGGCGAAUACUUUGCAAUCAAAGUGUUAAAGAAAGCAGACAUGGUUGCCAAAAACCAAGUCACGAAUGUGAAAGCUGAACGAGCUAUCAUGAUGUGGCAGGGUGAGAGUGACUUUGUAGCCAAACUCUACUGGACGUUCUCAAGCAAAGACUACCUGUACCUUGUUAUGGAGUACCUAAACGGUGGUGAUUGUGCUUCUCUCGUCAAAGUAUUAGGCGGGCUACCUGAGGAUUGGGUAAAGAAAUAUCUCGGCGAAGUAAUCCUAGGCGUCGAACAUCUGCAUAGUCGUGGAAUUAUUCACCGGGAUUUGAAGCCUGACAAUCUUCUAAUUGACCAGAAAGGUCAUCUUAAGCUGACUGAUUUUGGACUUUCGCGUAUGGGUCUUAUUGGUCGUCAAAAGCGAGCGCUUAAUAGCACUGCUUCAGAUAAACCACCAGACCUUCUCAAGUCAGGUCCCUUCGCACGUUCAACGUCUGUUGCAUCUUCCCGAUCUGCUUCUCUUGACUUGCAUGGCCCACACCACUCCCCAGGUGCUACCCCUCAGAUACAUCCGGAGAGCAGUCUCGGGCAGCCUUCCUAUUUUAAUUUGUCACAUACUUUCCAAGAGCCCCGUCGAAUUUCUGGCCAGCGAAGUGAUAGCGGGGGCAGCGAGACUCUGACACGCAUGCUUUCAAAUUUCUCACUCAACGAGGUUCCUUCGAACCAGUCAACACAAUCUAGCAUUCGCUCCCCUAAUGACGAAGGAAGCGAAGGUGGUGCCUCUCCUGAUCUAUCCUCUUUGCACCAUACAAACAGCCAGAGUAGCGAGGCACAUCGGAGUACGCCACCCCAAUCAAGUAUGAUGCCUCCUCCGAUGGCUCUGUUCGAUCCACAAGAUACCAACCGGAGAUUCGUCGGAACACCUGAUUAUCUUGCUCCCGAGACUAUUAGUGGUGGAUUACAAGAUCAGAGCAGUGAUUGGUGGUCUGUAGGCUGCAUUAUGUUUGAAUUCCUCUACGGCUUUCCUCCGUUUCAUGCGAGUGAGGCCGAACAGGUCUUUGAAAACAUAUUAGCUCGUAAGAUCGAAUGGCCAGAUGAUGAGGGGAUGGUUUCUCCAGAAGCUAAAGAUCUGAUAAACCAACUACUCUGUCUCGAUCCACAACAGAGACUUGGAAAGAAUCUGGAAGAAAAGUUCGCUUCCGGUGGUGAAGAGAUCCGCAAUCAUCCAUGGUUCGCUGGUAUGAAUUGGGAUUCACUUCUACAAGAUGAAGCUCAGUUUGUGCCACAGCCAGAAAACCCCGAAGAUACAGAAUACUUUGACUCACGUGGCGCUACGCUACAAUCAUUUACCGAGGAAAUAGAGGAUCAGGCGUCCCCUCCAACUGCUUCUACCCCAGACUAUCCUGACCGACCUCAUGACGCUCUUUCACGACCCCGAUCUCAGAUUCAGGUGAAUCAGAUCAAACGGGGAUUGAUGCCACUUCAUAUACCCCCACACAUCCGGGAUCUCAAGAGCCGGCGACCGAGCGAGCCUGUGCCGUCUGAUGAUUUUGGUUCUUUCGCUUUUAAGAACCUCACAGUACUUGAAAAAGCAAAUAAAGACGUUAUUCAGCAAUUAAAGGCUCAGGCGCUGGCUGCUCAAAAUAGAGUUCCCAUAAGUCCUAGCAGCUCUCAUAGCAGCACAACUCCUUUCCCGCCGCUUGAGGGCAGUCCAGUCAUGUCGAUGCCUGUGCAAAGGAGCUUAUCUAAUGCCAAAAUAUCAGCAUCGCAACGUCCCGCAUCGCCGUCUGCUACUAGCCAUGCUAACUCAUCUCCAAGUCGAGCUUCACAGCCUUCUUCACCACUUCUGGUCUCUUUCCACGCAGGAUCGGGGCAAGAAGGGCGCCGGAAAGCAUCAAGCAAUGCCUCAAGCUUCUCCCAACAGUCGGCGGCAGGCUCUUUACAACCUGGUAGUUUCUUCGAUGUCCAAAAGCCGGUUCCUACCCUUCAAAAAUCGGCAAGUGCCUCAGUACCGUCGACGACCAAGGGCAAAGGAGUCCCUCCGCCAUUGUCAAUCUCCUCUCCACACAAGGCGGUUGCCACGCCGAGACAUGCCAGCGGAUCAUCGACCCGUUCACGAUCCUUAACUGUUGGCUCUCAAGAAGGUAGUCCUGUGGCGUCGGAGCUUUUAGCUCACCAUCGCAACCGCCGCAGCCAGGUGUUUGACAUGUCCCCGUCGUCAUCAGACAAUGAGAGCAGCGAAAGAGCGAACGCUUUGCUCAAGGUUCAACGCCGACGUCAGUCUUCGCGGCGGAUGUCUGCAAUUAUGCUUGAUAGCCCAACCUUCCGCUCUCUAGAUGUUCUUAUAUGCGAAGAUCAUCCUGUCUCGCGCAUGAUAAUGGAGAAGCUCUUAGAAAAGCUCCGUUGCCGUACUAUCUCUGCUUCUACAGGUUCGGAUGCCGUUCGAUAUGCUGUAGGCGAAGUCAAAUUCGACAUCAUCUUCACCGAAUUCAAGCUCCCAGAGAUCAGCGGGAGUGAUGUCGCUCGUAUGGUCCGUGAGGUCAAGAACGUUAAUGCUCAUACCCCUAUUGUCGCAAUCACGGCUUACCUAAAGGAGCUACAAGCCCCGCAUUAUUUUGACUCGCUUGUUGAGAAACCUAUCAGCUCUUCUAAGCUCAUUGAAGUUAUCUCCAACUUAUGCCAAUGGAAGCCACCGACCCCUGGCCAGAGCCAAGGGAUGGCUACUCCGAAUCCCAUCUCUGCUCUGAAACCCAUCAGUGCACGCCUUGAAGAUAGCCCGACCUCAGGGUCAUCUGGCUAUGCCCAUGCCGGAAGUAGUAGUUUCCGAGGUUCUAGCCGAGAAGACUCGAUCAGCUCUAGCCUGUUCGGUGACUCGGAAUCCGUGGCUACUGACGACAUACCAAUCGUCUUGUCUAGAAAAGCGACAGGCGAUUGGGGCGAUGAAGCAGGUCUUGGGAUCAACACUGACGAGCUUCUUUCAGGCUCAGUAUCUAAGGGACCAAUAUCGUUGGUGUCUCAGCAGUCAGCGCCUGGGCAAAUGGAUGGACAAAGGAUGCCAGGUCCACAACAGUCGUUGGAGAAGCUCAAGUCAAGGCGGGAGCAUUUAGAGAGACGAAGACUUGAAGCCAGUGAUUCGGCGGAUGAUGAGGACGAGGAGAUAGGAUCUUCCCGCGAUCGCGGUCCACGCUCGAAACCCUUGCUCCCAAGUUCCAAGCUGGGGAUUGAAAUGAUGAGGGCGAAUAGCCAUGACAGUGUUGCAGUCGCAUCUGAUAGCACAGCAGAACCUGUUACCCAAGUUGUCACACCGUCGGAUGAAGGAGGAUCAUUGCCUAUUUCCGGCGCUAAAUCACCGCGGUCCAUAAGUCGAUCUGCUUCAGAAGGAAACCCUGAAGAUGUUGAUCGCACACCCCGCCCUACUGCAAUUACACGAGGCAGCUCAAGUGACGAGCCUACGCCUCGGCCAACUGCCAAUUGUUGACAAAAAC